UCUUUGCGAGUAGUUGACAGAAACAGUUCCUUUUCAAAAUUUUUCAAUUCUUUAAAUGCAUUAGAGAGGGCAUUCAAUAAUUAAAUGGACUCAAUUAUAAUGAUGGAAAUUUAAUAAAUUCAACAAUUAAAUGGAACUUUCAUUAUUCUCAAUAAUUUUAAAAAUUAGAGUAAUCAUGUAGUUUAUAACGUCUUCGAGUAUUGUUUUAAAGUUACGAAUUAAUAUCAACAACUUAAAAACGUUACUAUUAAAAUUAAACGUUUGCAAAGUGAUGACUUUAAAAUAAUUAGAGUACUAAUUUUAAUCAAUGGAGUUUAAAUUAGCGGUGUUUAUAGAGAAUAAUAAUUAUUAAAAUGUAUACAAAAAUGAAAAUAAUAGCAAUGAGUAGAAACAAAUUUGGUAUUCUUAUUUUACUGUUCAGUAUUGUAAUGCAAUUAUGUUGUCAAGAAAUGAAGCAUUUACCCUGUCCCACGGCACUAACAAAACGUCUCUCCAAUUACACCAUAUUAACCAACAAAACUCUGAUCGAUGGACACGCAUCUUACUUACCAGAUUUUUAUUGGGUUGACCAUGAAAGUAACAAUACUUAUGGAUGUAUGUGCGAUUAUUUAUCGAAAGCCUGCAUCAGAAAAUGUUGUCAAGUUGGAAAAGUGUUGCAUGGAAGUUCAUGUGUUGAUUUUAAAACUAUUAAUGGUUCGUUACCUUCGUUGAGACUUGAUAAUCAAAAGUUAGUUCCUGACUUGUGGGAGACUGGUAGUUUCGAAGAAGCUUUUCACAUAGUAGAAAGUAUGGUUGUGUGUCCAAGUGGAUUGACGAGAAUAAUCCUCAAUCCAGAGUAUCCUGAAGAUAUGUUUCUCCUCUUCAAGAAUGGUACACUUGAAAGGGGGUCGGGAGAGUAUUAUUUACCUUCUGAUUACUGCUUGGACUGGACGGAUUAUAUAUACAACUUCUCAGCCGUACUUUGUGAAGACGACUAUAAAACUGUUGCCGAAAAUACUCAUCCAAUUGGCAUGAUUAUUUCUGUCUUGUUUCUGCUAAUUACUUUCAUGGUGUAUGCAAUAGUGCCAGAGCUUCAUAAUUUACAUGGAAAGACAUUAAUGUGUCAUAUGGCUAGUCUCAUUGCAGCGUAUACUGGCUUAGUUAUUCACAAGUUUGACUUUGAGUAUCUAUCGCAUCACAGUGUCUGCCUUUUCCUAGCUUACAUCAUGUACUUCUCAUUUAUUGCUAGUUUCUUCUGGCUAAACGUAAUGUGUUUUGACAUAUGGUGGACUUUUAGUGGUUUUAGAAUUUCACAAGGAAGUUAUAAGCAACGAGAAAGCAGAAAAUUUAUCUUGUAUUCAAUUUACGCAUGGGGAUGUUCUUCACUAUUAACGCUCGGUUGUUGUUUGAUGGAAUCGCUUCCAAACAUUCCAGAUAAUUUUAUAAAGCCCGACUUUAACAAAGAUAAGUGUUGGUUUCAGGAGGAGCUAGCAAAAGGAUUUUACUUUUACUGUCCAAUGGGUGUUACUGUGAUAAUUAAUAUGUUCUUAUUCAUUUCAACUUCUAUAAAAAUCUCAAAACAUAAAAAGGAUACAAUAUGUCACUUAAGAAGUAGCGAAAGCAGACGUCACGAUGACAGCAAACAAUGGUUUAAUCUAUAUCUGAAACUUUUUAUUGUAAUGGGUAUUAACUGGUCAAUGGAAAUAAUAUCAUGGCUUCUUGGAGAUGAACCAAGUUGGAUUUUUUAUAUUACGGACAUUGUGAACUCACUUCAGGGAUUCACGAUUUUCAUCAUUUUUGUUUGCAAGGAAAAAAUUAAGCAAUUACUUUUAAGACGUCUAAGGAACAGAGAAAAAAUUAGGAAGGGCAAUUUUCAAAUCCAUUAUCAAAGUUCUACUAAAACAUGCACUACUAUAAUGCCGUUGAAUGAUAAACUCGUGAAUGAUUAGGGAAAAAAUUCGUUAAAACAAAGAGGUGGUGAACCUUUUUGCUUUAACGAAAUUUUUUCCUAAUAAUACAAACUUCUGUGCUAUACAUAUGGAGCAUUAUUUCUGAAUUUUUUUAAGCAAAAAAUGUUUUAUAUUUAACUAUUCAGUUUAGGCUAUAAAUAUUAGCUGACGUACAAACUUAUCGACUCUAUCCUUUCGAGGAUGUGGAGUAUAAAAUAGAGAAGGCCAGCAAUUUUUGUUUAUCCUUUUCUGUUUUAUGCUUUGCGUUCGCGAACAAAUUUGCCAAGUCUAUUAUCCGUUAAUUCACAAGCUAGCAUUAGGCGUAUGUACUUAAUUUCAACAAGACAACCCAAAAAUUAGAUGAUUCUGACACCUAAGUGGUUAUUCUAAAUUUUCUUUUUACAUACAUCUUACGUUAUCUCAUUGAUGUAGAGAUGAUCGUACCAUCUUGCAUGGGGGAUCUCACUUAUAGCUCAAACUUUUAAAUAUAAUUUAAUGGAAAUUUGUAGCUUCUAUUUAAGUAAUUCGAUUAAGAUGGUUCAUAAAUAAAUAUUUUUAAAAGAACUUAACUUUAUAUGGGAAUUCUACUUCCCAAUUCUCAAGACAAUUAACGGAGAAUUCAUACUAAGCAUAUCAGAAUAAAGAGAUCGUUACGGUGAGUGUGAAGAUUCUUAAUCUGAUUACUUUUAAGUGAGCUUCAAGUAUUUGCAAAUGUACGUUCCAGGACAUUUUUUCACUUGGAACAGUUUAGGAAUAAUGCUUCUUUUGGCUAUUUUCCAAAAAAAAUUCUUUUGCGACAUUGAAGAAAAUACAUUAAGAGAGAAAAAAAGAUUGCUAAAAGUAUAAAUAGGUACAUAAUUAAUUAAAAUAACUUAUAAAUAAACAUAAUGAUUAAAACUAAUAUAAUAUUAUUGCUCUCUGCCCAAAGUCUAGGCAAAUUAACAUAUCGUCGGGUUAGUGCAAUAUUAUACUUAUGCGGAAAACAAAACAAGGACAUAUCUGUUCAGAAUGUAAGGGAAAAACCAACCAAUUCUGAAAUUAACCUUUUCUGUCCAAUUCUAAUUGUACUUUUAUUUAAAUUUUAUAAAUAGUUACUUAACUUUUCCUGAUAUUUUAUUUUUCUAAUAGAAGAAGUAUUAUUGAUAUGAAAUUAUAAUUUAAAAUCUAACUAAAAAAGCUAAUUUUCUAAUUGGAACGUUUUUGCUUUAUAUUUUGAAUAAGCAUCUUCUUGCCUCUUUUUUUGAAUAAUUAUGUUCUUCUUUCUUUUCCUAACAAGUGUGAUAUCAAAAUAUUGCACUAAUCCGACGAUAUUUUCAAUAUCAUUCAAUUUGGAAUAUCAUGAUUGAACUCUUACUCGAAGAAUAUAUUAAGAUUGAUUUAAAGAAUAUAAAGCUGUAAAAAGUAUUUCAAGAAAGAGAAUAUAGGAACAAAUGCUAAUUUUUAAUAAAAUGAACAAGAAGAUAUCUUUUAUCAUAAAGUAUCUAUUUUUAUAUGCAAUGUAGUUUGAUAUUUCUUAGAGGUUGCUAAUAUAGACAGAAUUGGAAUUGAUGUUAUUAAAAUUUCCCAAAAUUAUGAUAAUUUAUUAUUGUUUAACAAUUCAUUCACAACAGUUAGUUACAAUUUUUUAACUUGUGUGUUUUGCAACCUCAAAUGAAGAAAUCAAUUUUUCAAAACUUUCAAAAUGUACCUGAAACUUUCUUCUAUAUAGAAACAACUUUGUCAUAGUGAUAGACCUGCUGAAAAAUAAGUAAUUUAACUUUUUUCAUUACCAAAAUGCUUUUACUGCUUUCGUCGAUUGCUAUUCAUGUUACGCUUACGUAUAUUGUAUAUACAUAUACAUAUACAUAUAUAUAUAUAUAUAUAUUUAUUUACAAUUUAAUAUAUUUUAAAUAAUUUAAUUAUGAGACGCUCCACGGUGAAAGAGACCCACCCCCCAAAAAAUUGUGGGUUAUGAAUGUUAAUUUUGAAGUGAUAAUACAUAUAAAGAGGAUCAACUCUCAGUACACACUAAUGAUAUUUAAAUUCUGAUUACAUUCAAAAUAUUAAAUAAAAUUUUUUUAUUUUAUGAACUUAAAAAAAGCUCUACUAAUAAAGGUAAACCGAUCAUAAACACAAUCUAUAAUUUUUUUGGCUGGUAGAUCUUUUUCACCGUCGAGCGGCAAAUAAGUUUUUAUAUAAUUUGUAUAAUCUUACAAGCAAAAUAAAAAAGUUUAAUACAAAA